AUGUCGCUCAAAUCGUUUUUCCUUCGCCGCAAAAAGCCCCAGUUUGAAGAGGUGGCUCCACGAAAGCUCCGCGGCAGCUUUUCCAUGCCCAAUAUGCGAGCAGUGACGAUUCUACGAGGCCGGGGAGGCGCCGGCUCGCGCGACGAUCUCGUGGACUCGCGCGAAAUGCCCCUAUCACGUUCCGACCAGUCCGACAUCAGCAGCGACUAUCUCAGCUCUUCAGGCGACUUUGGCCAUCACGAUUUCUGGUCCACUCUGUCGGAGGAGGAGCAGCGACGCAUGAGCAAAAUGUACGAGGACGCUCUCAGCGUAGUGGAGUACUACAGCGUCUAA